UUGCUUGUGUGCAUGUGUGUGUGUGUUUGUGCGCUGGUUUGUUUUUUUUUGUUUGCGGCGCUGCUUCGCAAUGAUGACGUGCCCGCGAGAGAGCACCGGCAAUAAAUGUAUGCAAACAAAAACAAGAACUGCAAAGGCAACAUAAUCAAAGGAGAAAGUGAGCAUGCAGCAGCAGCAGCAGUGAAUUAUAACAAAAACAACACGGUAUUGUUGUUGCUGUUGUUUCUCAUGAAGCGAGAGAGAUUGUAAACUCAACCAACGCUUGAAGGGGAAAGUGCGGCGAUAAUAGCGAAGACGGCGACUUUAUCUACGACAUUUCAUACGAAAACAGCAAAUAAACUGAUUCAGAAGUAAAACUAACGUGGUCGAGAGUGUUCACUGUUUACAUUGUUGCAAAUAAUAUUUUAAAGAAUUAAAGUAAAAAGAAAAACGGGCGUGCACUAAACAUUCUAUUAUUUAUUUUUGUGAAUAUAAUAAAGUAAAUAUUUUAUUUAGCUAUUAGAUCAAGUGAACACCAACGCAAAAAAUUAGAACGUGUGUGAUUGUUGAUUCAGGUUAAAUGCAUUGUUGUCUAUAUUAAAAAUUUCCCCUUUGCUUUAAUUAUUUUUUGUUGCCGCAACGUUCUAUCAUCCAAUAACUGAAAACCAACACGAAUUGCUUUUUCGCCGCAAAAACAACAUUGAUUAUAAAAUUUAUACAAAUACAACGUAUGCGUGACGGCAACAACACAACUAUAUAUAUACAUACAAACGUAUUUACGCUGCUGUGCUACGUCACACUAACAAAACAACGCAUCUACAGCAGUUAAUGCCAGUUAGCACAGAUCAUUUUGAUUGUAUAUCUGUAUAAAGAAGCUAGAAUUCAGCAAUAGUAAAGCAUAUCUUCAUAAAAAUACAUAAUACAUUGGUCCAAAGACAACAACAGCACUACAUACAACAACAACAGCAGUUCAAAGUAAAUAAAUAUUACAAUAAAUAAAACAAAGGGAAGGAAAUAAGUGCUCCAACGCAGCAGGUGUAAUAGACCGCUGGUGAAUCAACCGAUUCUGCAUUUAUUACAUCACUUUCAAGCGUAAACUACUUUGCUUCCUGUCUGGCAACCAUAUCGAUUGACAUACAGACGUGCUGAAAAUGUUUAUCGAAGAUGACGCACAAAUGGAAAGCUUCUGGGUGCAGAGCGCAAUCGGUGCUAUCAAAGUGCUCGCUUUUGUGUGUGACAUAAUCACGUUGCCGGUAUAUUUGGUAUUGCAGCGGCCAUGGAAGCGGAGAGAAGAGUCACGACGCGUCAAGGCGCGCGUUGUCAGUUCCGAUGAGCAUUCGUUGACCUAUCGCACCAUCGAGCCGCCACGUGAGGUGCACGUGAAGAUGCUGCAAAAUAACAUCGACACACUGGAGAAGAUGUUCAACUAUGUGGCUAAGGUGCAUUCGAACAAACGUUGUCUGGGCACGCGCCAGAUUCUCAGCGAGGAGGAUGAGGUGCAACCGAAUGGACGUAUCUUCAAGAAGUACAAUAUGGGCGAGUAUAAGUGGAAGAAUUUCAUUGAGACCGAUCGCACGGCUACGUCUUUCGGGCGCGGUCUGCGCGAGUGUGGACAGAAUGCUCGACAGAAUAUUGUUAUAUUUGCUGAGACGCGCGCCGAAUGGAUGAUCGCAGCGCAUGGUUGCUUCAAGCAAGCAAUGUCCAUUGUAACUGUAUACGCCACACUGGGCGAUGAUGGCGUGGCGCAUUGUAUCAGCGAAACCGAAGUCACCACCGUGAUCACAUCGCACGAGUUGUUGCCCAAAUUCAAGCAGUUGCUGGAUAAAUGCCCCAAAGUGAACACCGUUAUCUACAUGGAGGAUCAGCUGCAUAAGACCGACACAACGGGCUUCAAGGACGGUGUGCGCGUACUCUCUUUCUCGCAAGUUGUGCGCAUGGGACAGGAGAGCAAGUUUGAGAGCGUACCACCCAAACCCGAGGACACAGCCAUCAUUAUGUACACUUCUGGCUCCACAGGCACACCGAAAGGCGUGCUAUUGUCUCAUCAAAAUUGUAUUGCCACAAUGAAAGGUUUCUGUGACGUGGUGACCGUGAAGCCUGACGAUGUACUGAUUGGCUUCCUGCCGCUGGCGCACGUAUUUGAAUUGCUCGCUGAGAGUGUUUGCCUGAUGACCGGCGUACCAAUUGGCUAUUCCACACCACUGACACUGAUUGACACCAGCAGUAAGAUUAUGCGCGGCAGCAAAGGUGAUGCGACCGUCUUGCGACCCACAUGCAUGACUUCCGUGCCGUUGAUACUGGAUCGCAUCUCCAAGGGUAUUAACGACAAAGUUAAUUCGGGCUCGGCCUUCAAGAAGGCGCUCUUCAAAUUUCUGUACCAGUACAAAGUGCGUUGGACGAAUCGUGGCUAUCAAACGCCAUUGGUUGAUAAAUUGGUUUUCCAGAAGGUCUCAAAGCUGCUUGGUGGUCGCGUGCGUUUGGUGCUCUCCGGCGGUGCGCCACUCUCACCCGAUACACAUGAACAAAUCAAAACAUGCUUAUGCGUGGAUGUAGUACAAGGUUACGGUCUGACAGAGACUACAUCGGGCGCCGCGGUUAUGGACAACCGUGAUAUGACUUAUGGUCGCACUGGUGCACCGCUGACUGUCUGCGACAUACGUCUAGUCAACUGGGAGGAGGGCAGAUAUCGUAUUACGAAUAAACCAUAUCCACAGGUUUGUCGGUUGAACAAAAAUUAUGUUGUACCUUGUGGUUUGCAAAUAGUAAAUUUGCUUGAAUUGCAAUUACAGGGCGAAGUGCUAAUAGGCGGUGAUUGUGUAUCGAAAGGUUACUACAAAUUGCCCGACAAAACUGCUGAGGAAUUUUUCGAGGAGGAUGGCAAACAGUGGUUUAAGACUGGCGACAUUGGUGAAAUUCAUCCAGAUGGUGUACUUAAAAUCAUUGAUCGCAAGAAGGACUUGGUUAAGCUGCAGGCCGGCGAAUAUGUGUCACUCGGCAAAGUUGAAUCCGAACUGAAGACUUGCCCAAUUGUGGAGAAUAUCUGUAUUUAUGGCGAUCCAACCAAACAAUUCACCGUCGCAUUAGUGGUGCCCAAUCACAAACAUCUCGAAGAAUUGGCCGAACGCAAUAGCUUAAAGACCAAAGCUUUCGAGGAGCUAUGCACGUCGCCCGUUAUGGAGAAAGCGGUACUGAAAGAGCUCGCCGAACAUGCCAGGAAAUGCAAAUUACAAAAGUAUGAAGUGCCCGCAGUGCUCACGCUCUGCAAGGAGGUUUGGUCACCGGACAUGGGUCUCGUUACGGCCGCUUUCAAGCUGAAACGCAAGGAAAUACAAGAAAGAUACCAAGAGGAUAUCAAGCGCAUGUACGCGUCAUGAAAGUCAGUCUACUGAAUGGUGACGUCGUCGAACAAAACUGAAAAUUACUGUACAUUUUUCCUUCCAAUGGCGUUGCAAGCAAGUUGUAAGUUAAAUUUAAUUUGCAUAUUUCAUAUUUAAUGAAAUAAUUAUGGUGAAAAAAAAAAUACAAAAACAAACCAGUCAACAAACGGAGAAAUGUACAACACUAAAAAGAGUUGAAAAAACAAAGAACAAAAAAAAACAUUGAAAAAAUAACUAAAAAGCAAGCGACAAAAAAGGCAACAAAGCAGCAAAUGCCGCGAAAUGUGGCAACAACGCAAAUGUUGUUGUAAUAUAAAUUAAAACUAGAUCUUUCAGUAACGUUUUCUCAAACGUAUUUUUUAACUACAAUUAUUAUUUAAAUAGUUUUUGUUUUGUAAAUUUUAAUUAUUUUUAAACAUAAUGGAAGUUGUAAUGUGUUUUUAGGUGCGUUAUUACGAUUAUAAAUAUUGUAUAUUGUAAUACGAGUUAUAACAAAAUGAAAAAAAAAACCAGAAAAAAAAAACAAAAAACAAAGAAACGUUAACUAUUUGAAUGCUGCUUUAUUUAAUUAUGGAAAUAAUUUUUGCGCUUAGUGUAUAUUUGAAUUUAAAUAAAUAGAAAAGAAAAUAAUAUGUUUAGAGUGACAAGUGCAACAACAAUGCGCCGGUGUGCUGUGCGCAGCUGCGCCGUCGCAAACACAGCUGGAUGCUUCCAAUUUUUAUAUGGAAGCUACAAACUAAAGUAGUAAAAGUAUAUAAAAGAAAUAAGUUUUGGCUAAAAAUUAGCAUAUUGAAUUUCGGCACUUGUAACUUUAGCAUAAAAAUUAGCUUUAAGUGAACUCUAAGCUAAGUCUAGUGAAAAAUUUUCUCUUUUGUUGCAAGCAUUCAACCAUUAAUAAAUUUAGCUAUAAACAAUAAUUAUUUAAAAUUUAAACCAAACAAUAAAAUAUAUAUAUAUAAAAAA